CAUUUUUUUCCAGUCGUUGCCAUCUGGACACAUACAAGGAACUUUUGAACAGGCCAAUAAAGAAGAAAACCGAGAAAAAAACAGAUAUCCCAACAUCCUUCCCAAUGAUCAUUCCAGGGUGGUUCUGAGCCAAGUAGAUGGAGCCCCCUGUUCAGACUACGUUAAUGCUUCGUACAUAGAUGGUUACAAGGAGAAGAAUAAAUUCAUAGCAGCUCAAGGCCCCAAGCAGGAAACAGUUAAUGAUUUCUGGAGGAUGAUCUGGGAACAGAAGUCUUCAACCAUCGUCAUGUUGACAAACCUCAAAGAAAGAAAGGAGGAUAAGUGCUACCAGUACUGGCCGGACCAGGGCUGCUGGACCUAUGGGAACAUCCGGGUGUGUGUGGAGGACUGCGUGAUCCUGGUGGACUACACCAUCCGGAAGUUCUGCGUCCAGUCACAGCUCCCUGAGGGCUGCAAAGCCCCACGGCUGGUCUCCCAGCUGCACUUCACCAGCUGGCCCGAUUUCGGAGUGCCUUUCACCCCCAUCGGGAUGCUCAAGUUCCUGAAAAAAGUGAAGACGCUCAACCCCACCCACGCAGGGCCCAUAGUGGUCCACUGCAGUGCGGGUGUGGGCCGGACAGGCACCUUCAUCGUCAUCGAUGCCAUGAUGGACAUGAUGCACGCGGAGCAGAAGGUGGACGUCUUCGAGUUCGUGUCAAGGAUCCGCGGUCAGCGUCCUCAGAUGGUUCAGACGGACAUGCAGUACACGUUCAUUUACCAAGCCUUACUGGAGUACUACCUCUACGGGGACACCGAGCUGGACGUGUGCUCCCUGGAAAAGCACCUGCAGACGCUGCAGGGCACCACCACGCACCUGGACAAGAUCGGGCUGGAGGAGGAGUUCAGGAAACUGACCAAUGUCCGGAUCAUGAAGGAGAACAUGAGGACGGGCAACUUGCCGGCGAACAUGAAGAAGGCCAGGGUCAUUCAGAUCAUCCCAUAUGACUUUAACCGCGUGAUCCUCUCCAUGAAAAGGGGUCAGGAAUACACAGACUACAUCAACGCGUCCUUUAUCGACGGCUACCGACAGAAGGACUAUUUCAUCGCCACCCAGGGGCCCCUGGCGCACACGGUGGAGGAUUUCUGGAGAAUGGUCUGGGAGUGGAAGUGCCACACGAUCGUGAUGCUGACGGAGGUCCAGGAGAGAGAGCAGGAUAAAUGUUACCAGUAUUGGCCAACAGAGGGCUCAGUGACUCAUGGAGACAUCACCAUCGAAAUAAAGAGCGAUACCCUUUCUGAAGCCAUCAGCAUACGAGACUUCCUGGUCACUUUCAAUCAGCCCGUGGCCCGCCAGGAGGAGCAGACCCGCGUGGUGCGCCAGUUCCACUUCCAUGGCUGGCCGGAGAUCGGCAUCCCGGCCGAGGGCAAAGGCAUGAUCGACCUGAUCGCGGCCGUGCAGAAGCAGCAACAGCAGACGGGCAAUCACCCCAUCACCGUGCACUGCAGUGCUGGAGCGGGCCGAACAGGUACCUUCAUAGCACUCAGCAACAUUCUGGAACGAGUCAAGGCAGAGGGGCUUUUGGACGUGUUCCAAGCUGUGAAGAGUUUACGGCUCCAGAGGCCGCACAUGGUGCAAACCGUGGAACAGUAUGAAUUCUGCUACAAAGUGGUACAAGAUUUUAUUGAUAUAUUUUCUGAUUAUGCUAAUUUCAAAUGAAAAUUUCUGCCUUAAAAUAUUUUUUAAUUUAAUGGUCAGUAUAUUUUGUAAAAAAAAAAAUCAUGUUAAUUUAUUUCACAAUUGAUGUUAAUAUCCUCCCUAAUUUCUUUGUAUAUAUUUUGUUAUGCUUUAAACGCCACCUGCUGUAAAGUUGUUACAUCUUAAAUACCCCUUUUAAAAACUGGAAUUAUGUAUUAAGGUCAAAUAAUAUCCCAUAACAUAUAUAUUUCUGCUAAUAUCAGUAAAUACUUUAAUUUUUCAUUAGAUUCAUAUCACUUAAUUUCACACAUUCAGCACCUCUAAAUGUUAUAAAUCUUAAUAUGCCAAAUGUGCUUAUGCAAAAUACUCAACGUUCAGUAGAAAGCAGUGGAGGACUCAGCAAUCAGCUGAAAAUUGACUUUCUUUACAGCCCUGACUUCACAGCCCUGAGCAGCAGUUUUUGGAAGGCACACUAUUCCCGAAGAUACAAUGUAAAUGGGGAUGUUGCAAAGUCUGAGUCUCGACCCACGUGGUUUACCUUUACAUUUUAAAAAUCAGAGAGGACUUUGCAACCUGAAUCCAGGUCUAGAACUCUAUUAGAGUAGUUGGUGACUCUAUAGUGAGACUUAAAAAUGCAUUUAUUCAAGGCUGUGCCCCUGCCAUCUAGGCUAGAUAAGAGGAGAUGUAAAGGCCAAGGCCUUGGGGACAGCAAAAGCAGCUAUGGGUGCUGCGCUCCCAGGGCACCGGCUCAGGGAAAACCCGCUGAGGAUCAAACCGCCCGUAUUUCUCACUCUCCCCUCCCAUUGGGCCACAGCUGCGGCGCUGCCCUGCUGGGCGGGGCUAUCCCGAAGGCUCAGCCCCAAACCACUUCCCCUUGCAAAUGUGCCCAUAAAGCCAAAAGCCAGCCCCACAGAAGCAAGGAGCACACACCUGGUGGAAACAGCAGGACAACCACAGGCAAAUGCUUUCAACUUUCUGAGAAGCAUUUUGGUAUUUAAAUAUCUCUUGUAAAAGCUAAGAUUGUUUGUAAGAAAAGAAAUCUUAAAAUCUAGAUUUAUACAGUUUUUUAAAAGCCCCACUCCUCAAUAUUUAAUUAAAAAAAAAGAACUCCUUAAUUUAAAGGCUAACUUAUUUUUGAAUGGAAAUACUACUGAGACCUUUGACACUGGGUAAUAAUGGUCCCACUGCCAGAUAAAAUUGGCUUAUGGGAUAAAAAAAAAAAAAGUGGGGAAGGGAUGAAUGUAGUAAAGUUUAAGUUAGUCACAGUGGCCCUUAGGUACCUAGCAGAUGAGCACAAUAUAAGAAAGAAGACAUCUGGUCUAACGCUGAAAGCAUUUCCCAUGGACUUUUGUCGUACAGUUUUUGCUUUUUAAGAGAGAUAGAAAGGCCUUAUGUGACAUUGCCAGUGAUAACUGGUGGCACCCUCUUAUGCUGUUUCUCCUGAGUUCGUGCCCAGUGGUCACAGAUGCACCCCCAGGGUUAGGCCAGGUUCUGAUGAAAGGCUCACAGGUAACCAAGCUUCUGCCGCACCCCUGAGCCCCACCCAAGGGCCAGAGGAGGCAGCCCACUGGAAGGACAAAAGCACAACUCUGUGACCUCGGCCAUCACCCCUGGCUGCGGCCCUGGGGUACACGCUGCUGAGCGCGUCCCGCUCACCUCAGCACGGUGAGCACGCGCUUGGGUGGAAGAGGAAAACGGAGGGAGCUUUGCAGGACCUGCCAAUUCUCCCCGUCUGCUUUCAUUGUUAAAACCCCAAGCCCAAAGCCUGUCUUUGACAAAAGGAGAAGAGAGAGACCGGAGCUGUCGUUCAGCACCAAUCCUAGAGACACAGCUGGCUGCUUGUGAUGAAAGCAACUCAUCAUUUAUUUGGGAGGUUAAAGUUAAGGGACAUGGAUUUGGGUCCCAAUCUAAGAGCCUUAAUCAGAAUCCCACGCCUUUCAAUGUCCUAACUGGCAUCUCGUGUAUGGAGCUGAGGCAGACGUCUCAGAGCGCUCUGCGAAAGGGCCCUGUUCAUGUGCACUUCUGCCCCCUGGGCCCUCCCCCCACCUGUGUCCUCUGCAGGUGACCUGGUUUGGCCCUUCCAGUUCCGGAAACAACACAGAAGCCACUGUCCCUUGGACAUAGGCUCCCCUCCCCAGGCGGGGACAGUGCUUGCCUUUCCUGGUGGCCCUGUUUGCAGCCUCGGGGCCUCUGCCAAGCCCACCCCCACGCCCAAUUCCAACAGUCUUCGUGAGCUCUCGGGGACUCACGCUUCCGUCGUGCACCCUGGACUGUUGCUCUCCCCUUCCCCUUGGGUCAGCGUCCGUUGUACAAAGCCAGACAGCGCCGGCUGACUCCGUCAUUCUUCCUUUCCCAUUUUUGUCGCAUGCAGUUGCAGUCAAAUGCCAAAUAGCGAUCAGAAGACUGCCACUCUGAUCUCCGUGCUUUCUCGGUCACCGUGUGACCCACUUAACUCUCUCUCCGUGUGCUGUUCCAAUAAAGAAUGCAUACCUGUGUUUUAAAAGGUAUUUUUAUGUGUUUUUAAGACCUUUUUAAAAGGAGCCUGACACCUCUGUUUUGGCACUUAAGAGACAUGCCCGUGUUAUUUUUUUUAAAUGAUGACUGAUACUUUGGUUUCACUAAGUCCUGUUUAAUUUAUGUGCAAUCUCUAUAAUACAAGUAUGUAUUCCAGUUUCAA